AUGGGAUUGAUGCAAGUUUUAAGUGAAGAGAAAAAAGAUAAGAGUGAAGAUUGCAGUGAUCAGAGCAAACAAGCUUCAAAUUUCAAUAAUGUAAGUGAAAACAAAUUCACUCACAUAAACAUUGAAAAAGAAACAGAGAACGAUAAAUUGGCAGAAUCAAAUCUCAGUGGAAAUUAUGAUCAGACUCUUGAAUUAAUUGGUGAAAAUAGCAAGAACAAGAACAAUAACAAGAAUCUCUCUGGUAAAAAACGAGAGUUCACGUUAGCUUCAAAUGAUGAUAUUAUUGAAGGGGAUAAAGCUAAAUCAAGUACAAUUAUGAAGAUCAAGUGCCAAACAAUAUUGAGGAAAUUAUUGAAACAUCAUUUUGGAUGGCUGAAGAGAGAUGAGUACAAAACACCAGAAGAAUUUGCAGAUGAUGUGAGAUUAACAUCCAACAAUGCCAUAAUUUAUAAUCCAAAGGGUAGUGAUAUUUAUACUAUGGCACAAGUAUUACUUGGUAAAUUUGAAGAGAUGUUCGAACCAGUUUAUGCGCAAUAUUUGGCUCAGCCUGAGGUAUUUUUAAUGUCAAAUAAUGAGUUAUCUCAACCAUUGCCAAUUGCAAAAAGAUUAGAGGAACUUGAAGAAAAGCACGAUGGUUUAGUUAAUGAAGUAAAGAGAUUAAAAGCUUCAUGUGAUGAGCUUCUUCAAGAGAAAUUGUCCUGA